GGUAAUACACUUGUCAUUUAGUCACUUUGUCUAUUUGAACGUAAUCAGUCGGUGUUGGUCAAACUGCGCGUGAGGUUUACAUUUUACGAAAAUCGCAUAAAAUAAAUUCGCAAUAUAGAGAUACAUACAUAUUAAUGAAUGAGAAUCCUCGAAUCUAGAAAUAAAAUAUUUACAUUUUUUACGAAAAAAUUUAGUAUUAUAUUUAAGUAAGGAUAACUCUCACCAAAUUACGGUACGUUUACGAUGACAGAGCCGACUGUGUCAACAACCAAAGGCGAUUCAAAUUCAGUGUUGAACCUCGUUGAUUUAAAUUCACGCACAAAUUUAGUUAAAAUAGCGGAGGCCGAAGAUGAAUACAAUCCAGCGGAUCACAGAGACCAAGUUAAAGGCCAAUCGUCAGGUGGCGCUAUGGCACAUUUCCUUAAAAGCUCAUUGGGUAGCGGUAUUUUAGCAAUGCCAAUGGCUUUUAAAUGUGGCGGUUUGCUGUUCGGUAUGAUUGCCACGUUAGUGGUGGGCUUCCUGUGUGCGCAUUGUGUGCAUAUAUUGGUCAAGACCUCACAAAGUAUCUGCAAAGACCUCAGAGUGCCAUCUUUGGGUUUUGCCGAAACUGCUGAAAAGGCCUUUGAAAAUGGCCCCAAGCCAUUACGUUCGUGGUCGAACUUUGCAAGAAUUUUCGUCGAUGGCAGUCUGAUGGCAACAUAUUACGCUGCCGCUUGCGUUUACAUGGUAUUUAUUGCUACAUCAUUUCACGAUGUAAUCAACUAUGACACCGGUCUUGAAUGGAAAUUGAGCGCUUAUAUUGGAUUCACGGUGAUCGGUUGCCUCUUCAUUGGUCAGAUAAGAAAUCUGAAAUGGCUUGUGCCAUUCUCUGCGAUGGCAAAUGUUUUUAUUUUAAUUACUUUCGGCAUAGUGUUGUACUAUUUGUUUAGCGGCACAUUGGUAUUCAGCGAUAAGCCAUUAAUUGGCGAAAUCAAACAGAUACCGCUUUUUUUCUCUACAGUUAUAUUCGCCAUGGAGGGUAUCGGUUCGGUGAUGCCCGUUGAGAAUGCCAUGAAGAAACCGCAGCAAUUUCUCGGUUGUCCUGGUGUACUCAAUAUAUCUAUGUCCAUUGUUGUUGUAUUAUAUGCCGCUAUCGGAUUUUUAGGUUAUGCACGUUAUGGUGACGUUGUGAAAGGCAGCAUUACACUGAAUUUACAAUAUGGCGAAGUUUUGGCUGAUACGGCAAAAUUAUUAAUGGCCGUUGCGAUACUAUUCACAUAUGGCUUACAGUUCUACGUGCCCAAUGAAAUCCUGUGGAAAAAGAUCUCACACAAAUUCAAUGAAAAUAAUCAUAAUAUUGUACAGAUAAUCCUACGUACUGUUAUAAUACUGAUCAGUGGUGGCAUUUGUGUCGCAAUACCCAAUCUUGAGAUUUUCAUCAAUCUUGUGGGCGCCAUAUUCUUCUCAUUACUUGGCUUAUUUGUGCCCAGUGUUUGUGAAACAGUUUAUUUGUGGCCAGAUCGCUUCGGUUGGUGCAAAUGGAAGCUAUUAAAAAAUAUACUUUUGUGUGCAUUUGCGAUAUUCGCGCUAGUUGCUGGUUCCUCUGCGAGUAUAGAAGAAAUCAUUACGAAAAUAAUUGAAAAGAAGGACAGUUAGUUUGAAAAAAAAACUGUUAACUUGUACCUUAAAGCAAUGUAUAUAGAUUAAUAUUUUUUAGUAAAAAAUAUAUAUAUUUUAAAUUUAAAAAUAAACUAAGAAAUGUUUUUACACAA